GGGACGGGGGGUUACAUGGAAUCUCGUUAUAGCGGGCCAACCGGGUCCUCCACGCCAUCGCGAAAAUACACGAUGCCUAUCUAAUCUACUAGCUUAGAUCGCCACAGCAAAAUGGAUGUGUCUCAACGGUACAUCUCUACUGAAUCAUCACCAAUGGACAAUGAAAGCUUUCCGGGUUGACUCACAUUGUCGUGCAAGCCGUCCGUGGCUUUCCCUCCAUCAUGAACGGACCACGACAAAAAGCCCUGAGGAACCCACCUAGAUACAACCUGCCAGCCUCGCAAUAGCAACAAUCUCUUGCAAUGGCCACGAGAUACCUCUUCCAUGCUCUGGAAGAGCUGGGCCUCAUCUCCCUUUGGGGAUCUGAUAUCAAUGUCAAGAUCCUCUGCGCUCAGCGAUUCGUUCGACUUUUUGCCUACGGAGCCACCACGCUCAUCCUCGUCGACUACCUCGCUUCUCUUGACAUUUCGAAGGCGAAGAUUGGGCUGUUCAUGACAUUGACCCUCGUGGGAGAUGUCAUUAUCAGCUUAGUGUUGACGCUGUUCGCGGAUAAGCUGGGUAGGAAGGCGAUUCUGGCGGUGGGCGCGGUGUUGAUGGCGAGCAGCGGGGUUGUGUUUGCACUUUCGAGCAAUUAUUGGAUAUUGUUACAGGCUGCGGUUGUGGGUGUCAUCAGUCCUGGGUAGGUCAUCUGUGCCAACCAGACUCGAGCCUUCAAAGAACUGAUAUAUGUUUUGCAGAGGGAAUGAAAUCGGGCCCUUUCGGGCAAUCGAAGAGUCGACUCUUGCGCAGCUUGUCCCCGCCACGAAACGGGGAGAUAUCUUCGCCUGGUACACGUUGCUUGGGACCAGUGGAACAGCGCUAGGAUUUGCGGCAUCGGGGGGGUUUAUCGAAUAUAUGAGAAAGGGUUUAGCUUGGGGCAAUAUCGAUAUUUAUAGGACUUUGUUCUGGGUAUACGCUGGAUUCGGUAUUGUGAAGCUAUUCCUGGUCUUGUGUCUGGGAAGCGUGGUUGAAGCUGAGAGAAAAAUUAUUGCCCCGCCUUCGUCUCUAGACCCAGAGGCAGCGCCUCUUCUUGGGGAUGCUGUUAGAGAGAUUGAACCAAAGCAGUCUAAACUGCGCUCCCUCUUGCCAGAGAUUAGCAAAGGAAGCUGGUUGAUUGUGGUCAACUUGGCCCUUCUAUUUGCUCUAGAUUCGUUUGCUUCUGGUUUGGUCCCACUGUGAGUCCUUUUUGAAUUAUUAUUCAAGAUGAAUUUUGGCUAAUUGGUUUAGAUCAUGGGUUUCUUUCUUCUUUCAGAAGAAAUUCAAACUCUCAGGAGGAACUCUAGGCGGCUUAUUUUUCACAACGAAUAUUAUCAGUGCCUUAUCUAUGCUCAUCGCCUCUUCCAUUGCGAAGAGAAUCGGAAAUGUCAAGGUAGGUCCUAUAAAUCAUUUCAUCAUUUGCUCUGGGUCCUGACAAGCAACAGACAAUGGUUUUUACUCACCUCCCAUCAUCGAUAUUUCUGUCCUUGAUACCAGUCCCUUCUCCGCUACCUUUAGCAAUGAUAUUCCUCAUACUGCGCUCCUGCACGGCAUCGAUGGAUGUAGUGCCUCGCACCGCCUUUCUUGCUGCAGUUGUUCUUCCUAACGAACGAACAGCUGUUAUGGGGGUGAUAAAUGUUGUAAAGACAGCCUCUCAGAGCCUUGGGCCUCUUACUACUGGUAUAUUAGCUCAAAACAAGCUUUUCUGGGUGUCUUUUGUAACUGCGGGGGCUUGUAAGGUUACAUAUGAUAUUGGUAUCCUAGCUCUCUUUGCGGGACACAAGACUCACGAUGAGCUUGCCGAGGAGCGACGACAAGAAGCACGCGACGAGGCAGAGAGAUCCAGGGAGAGUGGUAAUCAAGAAGAGCUAUGAACUGAGACAGGCUUUUCAGGUAGUAAUCGCCUCCAGAGCCCAUCAGCUGAUGAACUUUCUUCUACUCCGAACAAAAUUAUAUAUCAACGAAUUAACAUACACGAAAAUUAACAUUACAGUAACUAUGAUUUUAAUACAAAAUCAAUUUGGGUCACUACCAAAGGUCACUUCAACACCGUAUACAUAUCGCGCAACAUACACACAUAUUAACGUAUGGAAACCUCGAUUUCCUGGUGUCUUCGAGAAGUCUGUGACUUUUUGACUGUCUCACGCUCUUAUCAGCUUUGAGGGUACACAUCAGCUCUACUUCCAUAACACAGAAUCACAGGCUCUAGAUAUACAAAAAGAAAAGCGGCACUAGACCGAUUUCAAUGUUCAGCCUGCAGGUAAAAUGGCUGAUUAUAAAUCUGGGGAACGUCAUAAAGCCAAAAGAUCCGAAUGGAAAAACGUGGAGAUAUACUUGAACUGAGCCAGGUGUUUGGAUUGGCCAUUUCGUCGUGUUUUAGAGCUAUCACAAGACAUUCCACCCAAGUUCCGAAAGUAGCACAGUUGUGACAAAGUUUG